AUGGCUGAGCCGGGUACCGGUGCCCAAGACAUCCACCCGGUGACCGGAUGGUUUGUAGGGCUACGGAACUUAGGAAAUGAGGUGCUGCGGCUCUUCCACCCGGUUGCGUGUACGGCUCUGUCGUAUUUUGGUGCUUCUGUCAUCACAGUUUCGCCAAAAUUCCGCAGACAAGACCAGCUGCUACAGCUUAGCUUAACUUUUGGCCUCAUCGCCUACGUGGCUCUUACCGCAGUGAUAACAUUCGGAACAUGGACUACUCGUCGGGUGGUGAAUGCGGCAAUCCCACCUCAUUUCCUGCUGAAUUGUGUUCUAAAGGUUAUCUCCAUUAGCUUGGUUUUGUGGCUGUGGAGUGUUACCCUGUUGGAUGGAGACUACAGGAUGGGGUUAGGCAUUGGAAGGCUAGUGGUUCAGGCACAAUACCUUGGGCGUUUGCAAGGUUACAAUAUACGACUUAAUACCCUAAUCAUUGGCUUAAUCUGCUUGGCAGGAUUGAUUGUUGUUCAUGAAUGUCACAGCAUUUUGGGUUCAAUCAUUAGUUUGAUUGGUUUUGGAGCUGCUAUUUUAGCUUUCAAAUGA